CGCUCCCCAAGGGGACCUAUAUAAGUUGACUCGCGGCCGGUGUAACGCGAUCCUAUAACACAAUCGCGUCUGCCUCAUCAGCGACGAGACAUGCGUCCUCCAGUGCUGUUGUCUCUCUUGUCUUGCAUUGGCCUUGCGCUCGCCCAGCAAUAUCCCGUGACCACGCCGGUGCCCAUUUUAAAGCAGAUAAAUAAACACAACGAAGACGGUAGCUACAGUUACGGAUACGAGGCUGCGGAUGGUUCUUACAAGAUCGAGUCCAAAUAUCCAACUGGAGAAGUGUACGGGAAAUACGGAUUCGUCGACGACACUGGAAAUAUUCGUGAAGUGGAAUAUGGAGCUUCGAGGCGAGGAUUCGAACCCCAAGGUCCCGGUAUAAACGUUCCACCACCGACCCUGACUGGUAACAGUAUCGCGAAUCCUAACCAACCCGAGGACGACGGCCAAUACAGAGAAGAUCCGUCCGUUUACUACACGGAUCCUCGUUUCACGAAUGGAGAACGAUACGAACCUCGUCGACCUUUGGUCAACAACCAACCGCGACCGAUUCCUGCACCGAUCUACAACCCACCAAGGUAUCCCACGCAAGUGCAAUACCAGCCGAAGGCCCAGUACCAACCGCAGUAUCAACCGCAGUACCGAUCGCAGUAUCAACCGCAGUAUCAGGAGCAGCAACAGCGAGCCGCGUAUCCCGCGGCGCCGAUCCAAAGCGGAAUUCAAGGUCGUCCAGCGCCCAACGUAGAUCCAAACGCCGGGGUAGCCUCUUACACGGUUAAUUAUAGACGAUAGGGAUCGAUCAUCGUGUCAACCUUAUGUGUAAAUAUUGCGUUAUUUAUACCGAUUUCCGGAACGAGUUGCACGGAUCGAGAGUUUAGGGCCAGUUUGUUUUCUCGAAUAUUCGAAUCUCUGAUUUGAUAUUUACAUUUGCAUUGUGUACGUAAAGUUAUGUUUCGAAUUCGAAUAUUGUAGGCCCUGUUUUUAUUAUUAUUAUAAAUUGUUAUUUUUUUUCGUUUUUUGAUUUUGAGGGCGUUCGAACGUUCUUUGAGCCGAACAAAGAUAUUUUUAUGGCGAUAAAUUAUAAUGUCGAAGGUUUUUCCUUCCCUUUUUUCAUUAUUAUAACGAGUAAAUUGUUAUUUCUCGUUUCUUGAUUUUGAGAGCGUUAACGUUUGAACAUCAUUUGAGCGAGAAAAGAUAUUUUUAUGGCGGUAAAUUAUAAUGUCGUAGGCCCUGUUUUUCCUUCCCUUUUUUCAUUAUUAUAAUGAGUAAAUUGUUAUUUCUCGUUUCUUGAUUUUGAGAGCGUUAACGUUUGAACAUCAUUUGAGCGAGAAAAGAUAUUUUUAUGGCGAUAAAUUAUAAUGUUAUAUCGAUUCACGAAACAUUGUAAUAUUCUUUUCUUAUGAUUUGAUAUUAAGUUUCGUGUAUUUAUGAAAAA